AGCACGACCCGACUGAACUAAACCUGGUGACAUUUUAUUUUACGAGUAGUUUUUUUAAAAGAAGACUGCUGACAUUUUUUAGGGUUCCUCAUCGAUCACAGGACACUCUUUCAUCUAUCGUUUCCAUCCUCACCGCACUUUUUAGUUCAUAGUAAUAUCAUGGCUGGCGUUGCUGGAAGUGAACGCAGGGAACCUAUCAACGAGCAAGAAGUCGCGGCCAAAUAUGGCAGUAUAAGGACUGAGAUGAAUCAAAUAUACUCCAAAAUCACAGAGCUCGAGAUGGAAGUAAGUGAACACUCAUUGGUCAUCAAUGCCAUACAGCCACUCGAUCCUACAAGGCGUUGCUACAGAAUGAUCGGUGGUGUGCUCGUCGAAAGAACAAUCAAAGAAGUCUUACCAGCUGUUCAACAAAAUAAAGAAGGAAUUGAAGUAGUGAUUGCUCGACUUAAUGAAGCUUUGGAGAGGAAGAAGAAGGAGCUGACUGAUUUUGAAACCAAGUACAAGAUCCGAAUUAGGAAAAAUGACGGGGAAUCCAUGGAAGAUAGCAGCAAGAAAGAAGGAUCUGCACAGGGAGUUCUUGUGGGUCCUGCAAAUGCAUAAUAGAUUUGGUAUGUUUCAUGAUUGUUAAUCUUUGUUUCAUCUGUGUUGUGGUGCGCUUAUAAACAAUGAACAUGAAGAUGGUCUUAUGAGUUGUACGAUUAGAUCACUAAUAGUUGGCUUUUUGGUUUUUACUAUUCCUUUUGUUAUCAGAUUUGAACCCAGUUUAAGAUAGUAAAAUUUGUUGCCAAGGGAGCUGUUUUAUAUUA